GGGGGCGUGCCCCGAGAGGCUGCACGGAGCUCAAGAAGCAUCUGUGCUACAGCUCGAUGCAACUGCACCGCCAUGCUGCACAAAGGGGCACUUUGUUUACAUCGAGGAGGAGAGCGUCUGCUCCACAGGAUUAACAACAUGAAACCCUUCCACUGCAAGAUGGUACUAGUGAAGGCAUUGCUCAGCCGAGGCCAUUUGAAAAGGCUGUUUGAAGAGGCAGGAGUUGCUGUGAGAAUGGUGGGACUCUGGGAACCCAGAAACGAAAGUCCAAGUGGACUGGGAUGUUGUGGCUGGAUCCUAGUUAUCCUCUCCUACCUGAUGUUCAUAAUUACCUUCCCUUUGUCUGUAUGGAUGUGCAUUAAGAUUGUUCAGGAGUAUGAGCGUGCUGUCAUAUUCAGGCUUGGACGCAUUACCUCAGGAAAAGCAAAGGGACCAGGUAUAUUCUUUGUCCUGCCAUGUACUGACACUUUUGUAAAAGUGGACAUGAGAACGAUUUCAUUUGAUAUUCCUCCUCAAGAGAUUCUGACCAAAGACUCAGUGACUGUCUGUGUCGAUGGAGUGGUUUUUUUCAGGGUUCAUUCUGCCAUCGCCUCAGUGGCAAAUGUAACAAAUGCAGACCAGGCCACACGCUUACUGGCUCAGACUACCCUGAGAAACGUCCUUGGAACAAAGAACCUGUCUCAGAUCUUAUCUGACCGAGAGGAAAUUGCACAUAACAUGCAGGUAACACUUGAUGAAGCCACAGACGAUUGGGGUAUAAAGGUGGAGCGUGUGGAGAUCAAGGAUGUCAAACUGCCUUUGCAGAUGCAGAGAUCCAUGGCAGCUGAGGCUGAAGCUACCAGAGAGGCCAGAGCCAAGGUUAUUGCAGCGGAAGGUGAGAUGAAUGCCUCCCGAGCCCUCAAGGAAGCCUCCUUAGUGAUAGCCGAGUCUCCAUCAGCUCUACAGCUGCGAUACCUCCAAACCCUGACCACCAUUGCCUCUGAGAAGAACUCCACCAUUGUCUUUCCCCUGCCUAUUGACAUACUGCAAGGCUUUAUGUCAAAGGGGAAAUAACUGCAAAUGAGCCAUGCUAUGUUUUUAAAAAUAAAAAUGUGCUAAUUAAACAGAAAUUAAGAACGUAUUUCACAGGUAAAAAUAGCUAGAACCCUGCAAUAGAACAUUGUAAAUCUUAUUAGAUGAAUUUGUGUCUUGUUUCCCUAAGUACUUGACUGAAAAUGCUGUAUUAAAGAUGUUUCUAUUUUGAGAUUAUUUAUACUGAUUAAAGGAUGUAACUAUUACAUUAAAUUACUAUUUA